CCAAAUUUGAGUUUAACCUUUUUACUCCGCCCAAAAGCCCUAACAUUUUACGCCCCCCAUUUUUAAAUUUUAUUAUCGCCCAAGAGACCACCAUCCUCCGACGGGGGAUUUCACCACUCCAGAAACUCAGCCUCCACCGUCGUCGCCGUUGAUACUUCAUAACCGUCACUAUCUAUUAGAUAUAUUGAACGGAGUUCGUCAGUAGCCUGCUCGCUCAAAUUCCCUGCCGUAUGCAAUCUCAGGUCAAAUUUUCUCACUUGCCCUGUGUUAAAAUCUUCUUUUGAUGCAUACUCGCUGUGACUCUUUCUUGUCUGUAAAUGCGCAUUUAAGGUUUAUUUAUGCAUAUAUCUAGUUCUGUGUAGCAGUCAUUGAUAAUGGGGGUUAAAUUUGGGGGAAAUUUGAAAGUCAUUGGUUUUAUUGUUGCUCUUUUCUGUUUUUUUGUUAGUUUGUUUAGAAAAGUUAUCCCUGUGUUUUUUGGGUGGAAAAAGUUGUUAGCUUGGCUCAAGUUGGGUGGAGAUUGAUAAAGCUACCUGCUUUUAUGGCUGGAUGCUGAUGAAUGUAUGGUAGUUUUUCAGUCUAUUACAUAAUUACAUUUGGCUGAUUGAGAAUUCGAGUUGAAGGAAAAUAGAUGUCCGGGCAAAAGUUUUCGAAAUAUUAGAGAUGUGUUUGUCCAGAAUAUGUUCUUUGACAAGCUUCAGGGUGUAUUUUUAAUCAAGAAUCAUAAGUUUGGUUUUCUUAUCAUAUUGGAUCUUGGACCAAAUUGAUGCCAUGCACGCCACCUACUUUCCAAAAUCGUUCAGAUAGCGAAUGUGAUAUUGAACUAGACUAACUAGGUUUUGCCUGGGAAUUUCGGCUAUUAUGGAUUUGUAAAUUCUGUGGCAAACAUUCUUUCUUAUUUUUCUAUGGUUUUUUCAAGUCUCUUUUUCCUUUUUUUUGUUAAAUGCUUAAUUGUUUUUGUUGUUUCUCUUUUCUCAAUUAUUGGGGAAGAAAAAAAACCGAAAGCUGAAGAACUAGAAAGUAACUAAACUCAUGCUAAAAAAGGAAACAUAAGUAUAUUUACGUCAACUAGAUUAAUAACUUAACAAGCGAAAGCACACAUUGCGGAAAAAAGAAAAAGGACAGUCUGGUAUAUAGAAGUUUUUGGGUGCUGGGUUUGGGUAAGGAUUGUUCCAUUAAGACCGUGAUGUAUUUUAAUUUGAUUCCAUGAGAUGAAAAUAUGAUAUUUUGUCCCUGAAGGACUUUGUUAUUUUCUUUUCAAUCUGCCAGCUUUCUGCUUGUUUCUUUGCCUUAUCUGGUCCUCUGGUUUUUGGUGGUAUAUAAGUUGCACAUACGAGCAUUUAGUAUAUUUCUUCCAUUUGUGGAAAUGAUCUUGGUGGAUAGUUAUUUAUUUAGAUCACGGCAUGGGAUCUGAAACUCUGAAAAAUGGUCUGACAAAUGGAGAAGCUACUAAUAAUCAUCACAAGUCUAGUAAAGAAACUAUGUACCGAUCAUUCAACAAAAGUCAAGGGGAUAGCAGGUGUGCAGGGUGUAUCAGCAGUUGUAGCCAUGCUGCAGGCGACUCCUCCGAAGUUGCAGUAAUCACUACAGGAGAUUCACCAAGCAAUAUGCAUCCAGAUAUGCAAACAAAGAAUGGAAAAAGGCAGAAUGAAAUGACAUUAGAGGAUAUGUAUAACAAACAGUAUGACUUUGAUGAGGAAGAUGAUGACAGUGACUGGGAGCCAGAAGAUAAUAACGUAGAAGUUCUGAAGUGGUUUUGUGUCAACUGUACGAUGGUUAACUUUGAUGAUGUGAUCCAUUGUGAUGUAUGUGGAGAACAUAGAGAGUCUGGAAUUCUUAGUCAUGGUUUCCUUGCCUCUCCCUUUUUUCCUGUAGGAGAAGCUGCUCAAAAUGGGUCAGAAGCGAAUGAAAUAUCCCAAGAAUUUUAUUCAAAGAAUGGGGCUUCGAGCAGUUCCACAAUAGUUGGAUAUGAUGAGAGGAUGUUGCUUCAUGCUGAGGUUGAAAUGAAAUCUCAUCCUCAUCCAGAAAGACCUGAUCGUCUUCGGGCUAUUGCUGCUAGUCUUGCCGCUGCAGGUAUUUUUCCUGGAAGAUGUUUUCCCAUUUCUGCUAGGGAGAUUACACGAGAGGAACUUCUGGCAAUCCACUCCGAGGAGAAUGUUCAAUCCGUGGAAAUUACUAGCCACAUGCUUGCAAGUUACUUCACUCCUGAUACAUAUGCGAACGAGCAUUCAGCUCUUGCUGCUAGGCUUGCUGCUGGUUUAUGUGCGGAUCUUGCUUCUGCAAUAUUCUCAGGGCGUGCAAAAAAUGGUUUUGCUCUUGUUCGGCCCCCGGGUCAUCAUGCGGGUGUGAAACAGGCUAUGGGGUUUUGCCUGCACAAUAAUGCUGCUAUUGCUGCCUCUGCAGCUCAAGCUGCUGGAGCUAAAAGGGUCCUAAUUGUUGACUGGGAUGUACAUCAUGGGAAUGGCACUCAAGAAAUAUUCGAUCAAAGCAAAUCGGUUCUGUAUGUCUCUCUCCAUAGAUACCAGGGUGGGAAAUUCUAUCCUGGUACUGGGGCUGCUGAUGAGGUUGGUACCAUGGGGGCAGAAGGAUAUUGUGUUAAUAUUCCUUGGAGUCGCGGUGGAGUUGGUGAUAAAGACUAUAUUUAUGCAUUUCAGCAAGUUGUGAUUCCGAUAGCUUCUGAGUUUGCCCCAGACUUUACCAUAAUCUCUGCUGGAUUUGAUGCUGCAAGGGGCGACCCUCUUGGAUGCUGCGAUGUGACUCCUGCUGGCUAUGCGCAGAUGACUCGGAUGCUGAGUGCUUUAUGUGGUGGAAAGUUACUGGUUAUCCUUGAGGGCGGAUAUAAUCUCCGUUCAAUAUCAUCUUCUGCUACCGCAGUGAUAAAGGUUUUACUCGGUGAAGUUUCCGAUGGUGAUCUGGACAAUGUGGUGCCUUCUAAAUCGGGGCUGCGAACAGUUUUUGAAGUCUUGAAGAUUCAGAUGAAUUAUUGGCCUGCUCUUGAGUCGAUCUAUUCCAAAUUGCAGGCGCAAUGGGGAUUUUAUGCUGGCCAGGACCCCAGUGGGUCACCGGCAAAAAAGAAAAGAAAGGCGGUGGUUCCAAAUUGGUGGCAGUGGGGGAGGAAGAGGUUAUUCUUUAGUCUCUUGGCCAAGCGGCAGCAGUUAAAAGAGUAGUUUGCAAGUGUACAUGCGACAGUUGUUAGUGUCCCUUAGAUUUGGAAAUGUACCUGUACUCGAAAAGUUAAAUCCAGAUUGGUUUGGGUAGUAGAUGUUACCAUUGUGGUAAUGAAUUGGAAGUUUUACUAUGCAGACGAAUUGGAAGUUAUACUAUGCAGAUGAAUUUUUUUCAUGAAACAAAUCGGCAUUUGCUGUGUGAUGUUAAUCUGAUUUCUUGGUCUUGGUCGCGGAACAGCAUUGUUAAAUUAUGAAAUUUGAUUGAAUGUGGAUUAGUUGAUUACAUAUACAAAUUGAAGUAGCCAAACAGUGGAGUCUCUAUUUUUUAUGGAAAAGAAUGAAUCAAGAAAAAGAAUUGGAUCUCUAUCAGACAUUAAUUCUUCCUGUCCUGUAUGUACAGAAGAACAGAUGAAUAUCAGCCAGAAAGUCACUAACUUUAUUACUAGGAAGGUUCAUUGAUGCAUGGUGGGAGGUGGUGCCAUCGGAUAUGCUACUGGCAUAACAUAAGGUGGAUGAUGAGGAUGGCCGUGAGGAAGCAUAACUGGCGUGCCGACGGCUGAGGCCAUGUGCCCCGGUGGAGCUGCCACGGGAUGACCUAUGGGUGCACCAUAUACUCCUAAUCCAUGCAUCGGCUGCUGCCCUCUGUGCUUCAUCACUUGCCCGGUAGCAGCAGUUCCCGCGGCGGCAGAUGGUGGUGCAUUUGCUUGUUGGCCUGUUAUUGGUGCCUGAUGACUUGAAACAUCUCCAUUAUUUACACUGGUAAUAUCAUGGAUACUAGAUCUCCUUCUAUCCCUAUUCAUGGAGUUCAAACGGAUGAAAUACUUCUGGGCAUGACUAGCCACUUGGGUUGGAGUUCUGGAUAUCACAAAAUUCCGAGAAAUGCUUCUCCAAUCCCCUUUUCCAAACUUAUCCAAACCAAGUAAAAACAGCCUGAAAAAAAAAAAAAAAAAACCAGAUUAGUUCUUUGGUGAAUUAGAAUCCAGAAAUGUUGCAGAAGGGACCUAGAAUAGGGUAGGAAACUAUACCUAUGUUCUUCUUCAGUCCAUGGAAUCCCUUUCCGGCGUUCUUGCUCCGACCGGGAUCCUCCACUUUUCCCUCCUCCUCCUCCUUGACUGCUUGAAUCUUGAGCUAAACCUGGAAAUGCACUCCCAUAACCGCAGUUCGAUCGCCUGUCGGGUAUUGUAGCCCCGGCAAAUCCACCUUGAUGGCCAUCUUUAGCCGAUGUAGAAGCUUCUUCUCCGAUAUAACUCGGAAGAGGAACAAUUCCGGCCUCAAUGUCACCAAUAUCAUCAGCAAGUAAUUUGUAGUGUUGCCUCAACUCAUCAAUGGUUUUAGAUGGAACCAUGGAAGCCAUCUUGUCCCAUUGUUCCUGUGAAUCUUCCUCAUUGUUAUUGCUCCAGUGCAUGGCAAUGGCAUUCUCAAAAGCUUUCUCUUCUUCUCUGCUCCAUUCCAUGGAAGAUGAUUCCGACAUUGUGCAGUGUUUUCUCCCUUGAAGCCAAGCCAAAUAUACUAGUAUGAAGGUGUUCUUGCGCUAGCUGGGCGGGGGGAAUCGUUUGAAUCUUUGAUGCUUUUCUUUUUCUUCUGAGAAUUUUUUUUUUUUGGGAGUUGGGAAAAAUGAAGAGAAUAGGUGAAUUGAGUGGGAUAAUGGGAAAGGGAAAAUAUAAUAAAAGGGAGUGCAAGAUAAGAAGAAUAGGGAACAAUUGUAUUAAAUGGAAAGGACCACUUGUCACUUGUGAGGUUGAAGGGAUGGGUUCAUUUUUGUCAACUGUCAUGUUCAUGGACAAAAAAUUUGUUCACUUAAUUGUU